GUCUGCUGCAUCGUUUGGGCUCCGGGCCCCUCCGGCUCGUGACUGGAAUUUGAUCGCCCCUCCCUUUCCCUACAAUCUGUCUCGUGCCCACUUUCUUUGUUUGUUUUCCCAACCCUGUGCAUCUUGAAUUGUUCACGUCAGGAUGUUUCGAGUUGGAUCAUGGCUGUACGGCAAGAAGCCGGGCGCCAAUGCCUCCACUCAGUCUUUGGACUCUUUGUCAGAACUGCGGGAUCUCGAGGAUGCCUUGAGAGCCACUACUUUAAUCCUCAAUGACGACGUGGACGGUGCCGAGGAUGGCCUAUCAGAAGGCACAUCCUCCUUUCACAAUCUCGGAAGAGGUGUGGUCGCUUUCAUCCGUGCCACCUUGGGCUUUGAGCAGGAGAUCAUGCGUCAAGCGUCGGAGCGACUCAACGUCGCCGAGACCAGUGCCGCCAGUGACCAGCAUCGAGCGCAGCAUAAUUCCCAUGCGCCCAACUCAUACCACUCUCAGAUCUAUGCGCCGGGGACGGAAUUUGCCCUCUGUCAGGCAAUGGCACAACUUAUGAGUGCGGUCGUUGGGGUUCUGAAUGAAAGUCUGACGGAGAGCAUCAAAGGGUUCUACAAGCUACGGAAGGCCUACAUCACGCUAGACGCCAUUCUGAAGAUGGAGCAGAAGUUCAUCAUCCAAGAGCGGGGCUCCGGGAGCAGUACCCCUACGGAGAUGGGCAGCUCCUCGACCAAGCUUCCGGGACCGAGUGUCGCUCGGACUGCUCCUGCAUCGCCCGUGGAUUCCGCAGGCCUUUCGGAGCAGCUGUCUGGCCUGACAGUCUCCGGCAGUACCGAAACCUUGACCACCAACUCGGACAUGCUGAACCUGGACCCGGAAUCUGACAUUUUCAAGAACCAGAUCGAUGUGUUCGUUCAUUCGGGUGCGAACUUCUGUUUCGGACUUCUGUUGGUGCUGAUCUCCAUGGUGCCACCCGUGUUCAGUAAAUUGUUGGGUAUUAUCGGGUUUCACGGCGACAAGGAGCGCGGCCUGAAGAUGCUGUGGCAGGCGAGCAAGUUUCACAAUCUAAUCGGAGGCCUCUCUGCAUUUGCAAUCCUGGGCUACUCCAACGGAUUCGUUCGCUACUGCGACAUCAUGCCUGACCCCGCCUCGCCCGACGACGUGCAAGGCUAUCCGCAAGAGCGCCUUGAGGCUUUGUUGGCGUUGAUGAGACAGCGUUUCCCCAAGAGUCAGCUAUGGCUCCUAGAAGAGUCGCGGAUGAACGCUGCAAACCGCCGACUGGACGUCGCUUUAGAGCUCCUUUGUGGAGAGGAACGCAGUCCGUUGAAACAGGUCGAGGCACUGCGGAUUUUCGAACGGAGUCUGAACGCGAUGUAUCUUCACCGGUACGAGCUGUGUGCGAAGUCUUUUAUCGAGUGCGUGGAGCUCAACUCGUGGUCUCGGUCGCUUUACUACUACAUCGCGGGCGCCUCGCAUCUGAGUCGCUACCGGAGUCUGUCCACCACUGAUGCUGCCGCCGCAGCCCAGCACGCGGACAAAGCGACCGAGUACUUCCGCAUGGCACCGCCCCUGGCCGGCAAGAAGAAAUUCAUGGCGCGCCAGCUGCCCUUUGAUGUGUUUGUCUCACGUAAAAUCGCCAAGUGGGAAGCUCGCGCCAAAGAAUGGAAGGUGUCGUUUAUCGAGGCGGUGGGCGUUGAUCCAAUCGAGGAGAUGAUCUUCUUCUGGAAUGGUCACAGCCGCAUGACCCAGGCUCAACUGGAAGAGUCGCUCACGAAACUCGCCUGGUCGGAGGGUCCAGCGAACAAGGAGAGGUGGGCACGCGAGGGUCCGGAGGAGAAGGCCAUCCUGCAAAUCCUGCGGGCCGCCGUCUACCGCGCAAUGCGGCGUCACGACGAGGCCAAGGAGCUGAUCCAGACCGGGAUCUUCAGCCAGGACAAGGCGCAGUUCACGGGCCAGCUCCGAGACAACUGGAUCUACCCGGUGGCGCACUUCGAAAUGGCCGCCAACCUUUGGAUGGAGCGGCCGACGUACCAGGCGCUGCAUGGCCAGGCGGUUGCCGCCGAAGGGACUGGCGGUGAGGGCGACGCCGUGCAGCUGGAGCGGCGGCAGGUGCGGGAAUGUAAGGAGCAUCUCGAGAAGGCGGCCAAAUGGGAGAGUUAUGAGCUGGACGCGCGCAUCGGGCUGAAGGUCACGGCGGCCAUGGGGGCGGUGCAGAAGUGGGAGAGCACCCAUAGUACCAGUGUCUAGGUAUAUGGGGGGCAUCUAGAGUUUAUUUAUACAUGAUGG